UUCUCUUUCACUCUGCUCUGCUUUUCCUUUGUUUCUUUUAUUUGCUUCCUCUCUCUCCUCACAAAUUCAUCCCCAGAACGUUCGACAAGAAGCUCCUCUCUUGAAUUCUGCAUUCUCCUUCGCCGGUAAAGCUUCCCCUGACUCGAGAUUACCCAGAAAAUGAAGUUCUCCAGCAACUAAAGUCAGCACAUUUUGAGAAGUUAGCGGUUAAACGAUGAAUAAAGUUUCGAUUUUUACAAUCCUUUUCCUGUCGGUGGCCUUGGCUUUUCCACCUCCGGCGAGAUCUCUAGACCCGCCGCUAAACGACGACGUUUUGGGCCUCGUUGCGUUCAAGUCCGACUUGCGAGAUCCGGACCAAAAGCUCGCGUCUUGGAACGAAGACGACUACACUCCUUGCGCCUGGAACGGAGUCAAGUGCCACCCGCGGACGAAUCGCGUCACCGAGCUAACCCUCGACGGGUUCUCUCUCUCCGGUCGUAUAGGCCGCGGACUGCUCCAGCUCCAGUCUCUUCACAAGCUCUCUCUCUCCAACAACAACCUCACCGGAACCGUUAACCCCAACUUGAUUUCGAGUCUCGUGAGCCUCAAAGUUGUCGACUUGAGCGGUAAUGGGCUUUCCGGUUCGCUUCCCGGUGGGUUUUUCCGACAAUGUGGGUCGUUAAGGGCCUUUUCCGUGGCCGAGAACAAGCUUACCGGGAAGAUACCGGUUAGUGUAGGGUCGUGUUCGUCUCUCGCUUCUUUGAACUUGUCUUCGAAUGGAUUCUCUGGUUCGAUGCCUUUAGGGAUUUGGAGUUUGAACACUCUCAGGUCUCUUGAUUUGUCGAGGAACGAGUUGGAAGGAGAGUUUGGGACGAAGAUAGGGAGGCUGAACAACUUGCGAGCGAUUGAUUUGAGUAGGAACAGGUUGUCUGGUCCCAUCCCUAGCGAGAUUGGGAGCUGUAUGUUGCUGAAGAGUGUUGAUCUCAGUGAGAACGCUCUGUCAGGGAGCUUGCCAGACACGUUUCAGCAGCUGAGUUUGUGUUAUUAUCUUAACUUGGGGAGGAAUCUGCUAGAAGGUGAGGUUCCUAAGUGGAUUGGUGAGAUGAGGAGUCUUGAAAGUUUGGAUCUUUCGAUGAAUAAGUUCUCAGGGGAGGUUCCAGUCUCCAUUGGUAAUCUUCUGCGGCUGAAAGUUCUCAACUUUUCUGGUAACGGGUUUAUUGGUAGCUUGCCUGAGUCUACAGGGAACUGUGUUAACCUCAUGGCAUUAGAUGUUAGUGGGAAUUCACUGACCGGGAAGCUCCCGGUUUGGUUAUUUCAAGAUGGUAACUGUACUGGACGUAUCAAGAAGAUUCAGGUGUUGGAUUUGUCAAGCAAUUCUUUCUCUGGUGUGAUUGGAGCUGGUUUUGGGGGUCUUAGGGACUUGCAGGGUUUGAAUCUGUCGAGAAACUCUCUUACUGGCUCUAUCCCAAGUACCAUUGGGGAUCUAAAGCAUUUGGGGGUCCUGGAUUUGAGUCACAAUCAGCUUAAUGGAACAGUUCCUAGAGAAACCGGUGGAGCUUUUUCUCUGGAAGAGCUGAGACUUGAAAACAACAUGUUGGAUGGAACUAUCCCUUCUUCCAUCAAGAACUGCAGCUCACUUCAGUCUUUGAUCCUGUCACACAACAAGCUCCAAGGCGCAAUUCCACCAGAGAUGGCAAGACUCACAAACCUCCAAGAAGUGGACUUAUCAUUCAACGAACUAACCGGAACCCUUCCUAAACAGUUAGCUAACCUCGGUUACCUCCACACCUUCAACAUAUCUCACAACCGUCUCUCCGGAGAGCUCCCAGCAGGCGGACUCUUCAACGGCAUCUCCCCUGAUUCCGUCUCAGGAAACCAAGGAAUCUGCGGUGCCGUUGUCAACAAGUCAUGCCCCGCCGUCUCGCCUAAACCGAUCGUCUUGAAUCCCAACGCAACUUUUGAUCCCGACUCCGGUGAAGCGACGCCUCUUGGUGCUGUCGGUCACAAAAGAAUACUACUUAGUAUCUCUUCCUUGAUAGCAAUCAGUGCUGCUGCAGCCAUUGUGGUUGGUGUGAUAGCCAUCACGGUGCUUAACCUGAGAGUGAGGGCUACAACGGUUUCAAGAUCAGCUGUGCCGAUCGCUUUCUCUGGAGGAGAUGACUUCAGCAGAUCUCCCACGACUGAUAGCAACUCAGGGAAGCUUGUUAUGUUCUCUGGUGAACCUGAUUUCAGCACUGGGACACAUGCUUUGCUUAACAAAGACUGUGAGCUAGGGAGAGGCGGGUUUGGAGCUGUGUACAGAACAGUUAUCAGAGAUGAGUAUCCUGUGGCUAUCAAGAAGCUCACUGUCUCGAGUCUUGUCAAGUCGCAGGAAGAGUUUGAGAGAGAGGUGAAGAAGCUUGGGAAGCUCAGACAUACUAAUCUUGUUAAGCUCGAAGGCUAUUACUGGACAACGUCUCUUCAGCUACUUAUCUACGAGUUCCUCUCUGGUGGGAGUUUAUACAAACACUUGCACGAAGCACCGGGAGGUAGCAGUACCCUUUCGUGGAACGAUCGGUUCAAUGUGAUCCUCGGUACAGCGAAAUGCUUAGCUUACUUGCACCAGUCAAACAUCAUCCACUACAACAUCAAAUCGAGCAACGUCUUGCUUGACAGCUCUGGCGAGCCUAAAGUGGGGGAUUACGGGUUAGCGAGGCUGUUGCCGAUGCUAGACAGGUACGUCCUGAGCAGCAAGAUACAGAGUGCGUUGGGAUACAUGGCUCCGGAGUUUGCUUGCAGAACGGUGAAGAUCACAGAGAAAUGCGAUGUGUAUGGGUUCGGAGUGUUGGUUCUUGAAGUGGUUACGGGUAAGAAGCCUGUGGAGUAUAUGGAAGAUGAUGUUGUGGUUCUUUGCGAUAUGGUGAGAGAGGCACUUGAAGAUGGAAGAGCAGAGGAAUGUAUUGAUCUGAGGCUGCAGGGGAAGUUUCCUGUAGAGGAAGCUGUUGCUGUGAUAAAGCUAGGACUGAUUUGCACUUCUCAGGUUCCAUCGAGUAGACCGCAUAUGGGAGAAGCUGUUAACAUAUUGAGAAUGAUCAGGUGUCCUUCAGGAAGCUCAGACGAGUUGGGAUCGAGUUGAAAAUUUAUUUUUAAAAAUUAAGCUAACUUGUUUUGUAAGAGAGAUCCCUUGUGUUGUGUGUGUUGUUUUUUGAUAAUCAGUUGUGUGUUUUUCUUAUGUAUGUUAGCUUCGUUUCAAAUGUGGUGUAGCUUCUUAUGUGUUUAUUUGUUGUUCUUUAUAACAAUUUAGGUUUUCAAUCGGAUUUGUUAAGACUCUUUUGAUUGAAAAGUUAAAUUAUUAAAGAAGGAAA